AUGGAAUUCAUCCGUUGUCUCUUCCCACUCAUCCCAUUCUUGAUUCUCAGCUUGGUGUUCGUUGCUUCAUACACAACACUUCCAGCAAUAAAAGCUGGUCCUAACACGACUCCUCUUGGGUCUUCCGUCGACAAAAACUGCAGAGAGCAAUUGCUUCUAUACUUCCUUGAUCAUGCCGUCGAAAUAGUCAACAUAUUUGGGUGGCUAUGGAUACGGUUCUACAUUGCCUCCGGUGUUGUCAGGUUGGUCAUGGAUGAGAUUGCAAAGCUAAUUGAAGAUACAGAGCUUUUCGCGGGUAUUGGUUCCCAACUGACCACACCCAAUGAGGAGACACCGGUCGUCGAAACCCAACAACCUGCUAUCUGA